AGACAGGGAAUCAUAUGCGUUUGGCAGUAUUAUUGAAUUUGGCCUCAGCCUUUUGAUUCUUGCCUCAGCAUCAGCUCGUACCCAUCAUCCCCCUGUGGUUGCCAACCAGUGCCUACCAUGGCCACUGAAGAAUGGCGACAGCAGUGGAUUGAGGCCGUGGCCAAGAUUCGCAGCGAUGUGUCGUAUAACGAGAGUGCCCAGCAGCUGCGCAGGCUGCAGCAGACGGGCCUGCUGAAACUGACAGAUUUGAAGUACAACCCGGCCAAGUUCUUUGAGGCUCAUCGUCUUCUGGCGCGGCAUGCGCCCAACCUGGGUCCUGGAUUUUGGAUCCGCUUCACGGUCCACUACAACCUCUUCGCAGGGUCAGUGCUGGCUGUGGGCAACGAGGAUCAGGUCAAACAGUUGGAUGAUAUCCAGCAGAAGGGCCUCUUGGGAUGCUUCGGCUUGACGGAGAAGCUGGCGGGCGUCAACAGUGGCGGGGUGGUCAACACAAUUGCGGAGUGGGAUGACCAAACGCAGGAGUUCGUGCUUACUUCGCACGAGGUUGGUGCUCAAAAGAAUUGGAUCUCCCAGGGUCUUGUUGGAGAACUGGGUGUGGUGGUUGCAGACCUCCGCGUAGCUGGCAAGAGGUGUGGUGCUCAUGCCUUCCUGAUGGAACUGCGCACAGCCAAUGGUCCUGUGCCCAACGUAGAGUUUGGAGACAUGGGCCGCAAAACCGUCGGAAAUGAUCUGGACAACGCCUGGAUUGCCUUUCACGGAGCUCGGGUGCCGCGACACACGCUGCUCAGCCGCUACGGUGAGGUUCAACCGGGGAAUGGCGGCAGCUACGUCAGCAGAGUCAAGGGCCUGACCAACAUGGCCAUGAUUGGACAACGGCUCUUCAGCGGCCGCGUGGCUGUGGCAUGGGCAGCCAUCACUUUCACUCGAAAGUUGUUCGAGAUGACUCGAGAGUAUUCAGAUCGAAAGAAGUGCUGGGUGCCCAAGAACUCCAACUUGACGCAAGUCCCUCAACUUCAGCACCUGUACACACGGGCAGAAGAGACGCUGCAAAAACUGGAGGCUUUCGUAGCAAGCUGUGAGAAGCAAUUGAGUGAUUGCCUUCAGAAAGAUGAGAUUCCGUCAGUUGCUUUGCAAGAGGCCAUCGCGUCUGCCAAGAUUUUGGCCAGUGAGACUAGCAUCGACCUCUGCUUCCGCUUGAAGCAAGAUGUUGGAUCGCAUGCGUUGAUGGGAGACACUGGCUUCGAGCAGAUGGAUUUCUUGCAGGCCUGCAAAUUUGCAGAGGGCGACUCCAGGAUUUUGAUGCAGAAACUUGCCAGGGAUCGAGUGAGGCUAACCAGUCCUUUGGGAUCCAGCGAAGAACAGCAGCUGACCAAAGAGCUGCAGGAAGCCAUGAAGGGUGGAGCCAAGGUCCACAGAAUGGCUUUGGCAGAAAGGCGUGGGAUGCGAACUUUGAGAAAGUUUACGACUUGGCCUGGCUGGUGGUGCAGCGCAAUGUGGCCAGCAUGUGUCCAGGAACUUCUGUGAGAUUACCUUGUGGCCUUUCGAAGCUUUGAGUCGCUCAACACUCCAGGCGCCUCUUCAGCUCACAUCCCACCUCGCUCCUGGAAAAUCCACUAGCUUGCGAGUGAUGCUCAUGGAAUUUUGCGAUGAUUUGAGUUCAGCUUAGUGAUUUCCGGAGCUGAUGUAUAUGUUGAUGAAGGGUUGGAGUUUUGCUUUUUGUUUUGCUUUCGGUUUCGAGAUCACAUUUGAAGAGAUCUCAGCCAUACCAGUGGCACAACAUGACACAUGGCGCCAGGUUUAAAGUGUCGCGCCGUUGGGUGCCCAUGUCCGCAUGGCUGGUGCCCGUGUUCAUUGCGUGGCGUCGGCAUGAGAGAUCUGAGCCACUCUGAACU